UCUCCCGCCCAAGCUCCUCCUUUCAGCACCGUGAUAGGGACAGCUCCCGGAGUCUUGGCAUCCUAUCUUCAGCCUCCGAAGGGAGUAGCAAAGUGGGGCUACCCCAGCAGGACUUCAGGGGAGCUGCGGGUGGAGGUUAAAGCCCGCAGCUCCCCUGCACCUUGACGGGGAUAGGGAAAGCCCUCCCUUUAGAGGUGGUAUCUACCAAAGUCCGGGAACCUGCAGCCUCUGGCUGUUCGACUGACAGGCAGAAGUCAGAGGAUCGGGAUUCCGGGCUCCUGGGCCCAUGCAGUCAAAGGAUGCCGAUUCGCAGGGGGCAUGUGGCGCCCCAGAACACUUACCUGGACACAAUCAUUCGAAAAUUCGAGGGUCAGAGCCGAAAGUUCCUGAUAGCCAACGCUCAGAUUGAGAACUGCGCAAUCAUUUAUUGCAAUGAUGGGUUUUGCCAGCUCUUCGGCUACUCCCGAGUGGAGGUGAUGCAGCGACCCUGUACCUGUGACUUCCUCACUGGCCCUGAUACUCCACCAAGUGCUGUGUCCCAGUUGGCCCAGGCUCUACUGGGUGCUGAGGAAAGAAAACUGGAGAUCCUCUAUUACAGAAAGGAUGCUUCAUGCUUUCGUUGCCUGGUGGAUGUGGUUCCCAUAAAGAAUGAAGAAGGAAACGUCAUCAUGUACAUUCUCAACUUUGAGGACCUGGCGCAGCUGCUGGCCAAGCGCAGUAGCCGAAGUCUGACCCAGCAUCUAUUGUCCCAGGGCUUCCUAAACUCUGAAUGCUCCAGGGGCAAGCUAGGUGAGCAAAGUUCUGCAUCUGAUGCGGACCAAGUCAAAUAUCGCACCAUCAGCCAGAUUCCCCAGUUCACACUCAACUUUGUGGAGUUCAACCUGGAAAAGCAUCCAUCUAGUUCUACCACUGAGAUUGAGAUCAUCGCCCCACACAAAGUAGUGGAACGCACCCAGAAUGUCACAGAGAAAGUCACUCAGGUCUUGUCCCUGGGUGCAGACGUACUUCCUGAGUACAAGCUGCAGGCACCUCGAAUUCACCGAUGGACCAUCCUACAUUAUAGUCCCUUUAAGGCUGUAUGGGACUGGCUGAUCCUUCUUUUGGUUAUCUACACAGCCGUCUUCACCCCUUAUUCAGCUGCGUUCCUACUCAAUGAUCAAGAAGAGACCAGAUACUGGAACUGUGGCUACUCUUGUAAUCCCCUCACCGUGGUAGAGCUCCUUGUGGAUAUUAUGUUCAUUGUGGACAUUAUCAUCAACUUCCGAACCACUUACGUCAAUUCCAAUGAUGAAGUGGUUAGCCAUCCAGGCAAGAUUGCUGUGCACUAUUUCAAGGGCUGGUUUCUCAUCGACAUGGUAGCUGCAAUUCCCUUUGAUCUUCUCAUCUUCCACACUGGUUCUGAUGAGACCACCACCUUGAUCGGACUUCUAAAGACCGCCCGGCUGUUGCGAUUGGUGCGAGUGGCCCGCAAGCUGGACCGCUACUCAGAGUAUGGCGCAGCCGUGCUCUUCCUCCUCAUGUGUACCUUCGCCCUCAUUGCCCACUGGCUGGCCUGCAUCUGGUACGCUAUCGGCAACGUGGAGCGCCCCUACCUGGAGCAUAAGAUCGGAUGGCUAGACAACCUGGGCGACCAGAUCGGCAAGCGCUACAAUGACAGUGACCUCGGUUCAGGCCCCUCCAUCAAAGACAAGUAUGUCACUGCCCUCUACUUCACCUUCAGCAGUCUCACCAGCGUGGGUUUCGGCAACGUGUCCCCCAAUACCAACCCCGAGAAGAUCUUCUCCAUCUGCGUGAUGCUCAUUGGCUCCCUCAUGUAUGCCAGUAUCUUUGGCAACGUGUCUGCCAUCAUCCAGAGGCUCUACUCAGGAACUGCUCGUUAUCACACCCAGAUGCUUCGGGUCAAGGAGUUCAUCCGAUUCCAUCAGAUUCCCAACCCACUACGGCAGCGCCUUGAGGAAUAUUUUCAGCAUGCUUGGUCCUACACAAAUGGUAUCGAUAUGAAUGCGGUGCUGAAGGGCUUUCCUGAGUGUUUGCAGGCUGACAUCUGCUUGCAUCUGAACCGCACUCUGCUGCAACACUGCCAGGCUUUCCAGGGUGCCAGCAAAGGCUGCCUUCGUGCCUUGGCCAUGAGAUUCAAGACCACACAUGCACCUCCAGGGGAUACGUUGGUGCAUUAUGGGGACGUGCUGACCACACUCUACUUCAUUUCCAGAGGCUCCAUUGAGAUUCUGCGUGAGGACAUUGUUGUGGCCAUUCUAGGGAAGAAUGACAUUUUCGGGGAGCCCAUCAGCCUCAAGAGCCGGCCAGGCAAGUCCAACGCAGAUGUGCGGGCACUGACCUACUGUGACUUGCACAAGAUCCAACGGGAAGACUUGCUAGAGGUGCUAGAAUUGUACCCUGCCUUCUCUGAGAGCUUUUGGAGCAAACUGGAGAUCACCUUCAACCUUCAUGAUGUAGACAGGAUUCCCCCAUCACCAGCCAGCCAGGACCAGGAGGUCCCCUACCACUGGGCCAGGCCUUCUCAAUCUGUUGUAAAACAUUACAAGCUGGGUCUCUCUCCAGGGCUGGAUGGUAUAAAAGCAUCAAGGAAGUCACCACUGACCCACCUGCAGGGGUCCCCUGGAAAGGCCCCAUGGGAUGAGUUCUGUAGCAACUCCUUGACCAGUUCACUAAGUGGUGAGCCUGAGACCAGACCUCCAAGCCCCUCCAACUCCUCGGGACCCAGAGCCCAUCCUCAUUCUCAGGAAGAGUUCUCCUCUGCCAGCCUUAACCUCAUCAGUCCCAAAGCCGAUUCCCUAGCUCAGGCAGGCAGUAGUACUCAGAAGUACUCGGCCAGACAUAGGUUCCCAGGCACCCAAGAUGUGCUUGAAUUCUGGGCUGACAAUCCUGCAGUUCCUCCUCGGAUGCCUCCCCAACACUUAUCUCUGGCACAGGAUGGAGGUCAGGAUAGCUGGCCAAGAGAUCUGGGCUCCAGGUUGGAGUGUCUCAGGAUUCAGCUAAACAGGUUGGAAUGUCAGAUGUCUUCAGACCUCAACAUCAUUCUGAAGCUCCUCCACCGCCAUUUGUCCCAAGGGUCUCCUGCCUACAACCCUGUCUCUCCAGCCUCAGAAUCUGUAGAUUUGUUUCUUCCUCCACCUCCUUCUCCUCUUGCUGCUGCUGCUACUGCUGCUGCUGCUGCUGCUGGUGGUGGUGGUGGUCCUCAGAGCCCUGGGUCCAUGAAGCUGCAGAGUUCUUUGUCUAGAGAAGACCCCAUGUCCCCUGGAGAGAUUCCAAGUUACAGUAACCUGGAACAAUAUAUUCAGAACUGAAGAGAUUCUUCAUCCAAUGACAUUUAUGUUAUAGUAGCAUCAAAUGAUACCUUGAUCCUCUCUUAUGAGCAGGUACAUCCUGACCAACUUUUGUCCCUUCCCUACCUUCUCUAAGAUUGUUUUGCGAUUCAGAUAUUGUUUCUAUUUCUCAUUUCUUGAAUAUCUUUGACCGUCCCCCAAACAACCGAACUUCUAGAAACAACCCUUAUAUUUGGCUCAGCAGCAUGAUUGGUCUAUUGAAGAAUUUGAGUCACUGAUUUCCCUAACAACCAAAACCUUGAUGAUAGAACUGAGUGUCCUAUAUAUGUAUAUAUGUGCACAUAAGAUAAGGGUUUGAAAAGUAGGAGAGCAUCCCUCAGGCUUGGG